AUGCUAAACGAAUUGAUAAAUGAUUCUGGAUGUCGUUUGGUCGGUAGCAGCUGUGGAGAAAAUAUGGUACUCGAAAUAUUUUCAAAGCUCAAUGGAUCAUGCGUUGACAAAUGUGUUUGUGCAUAUAACUCUGUGGAAAAUGAUAUAGGAUGCGUCAAGUGUGAUUGGGAGGAGGAGGACGUGGAUGAUGCGGAUGAUAAUAAUGAUGAUAGCGAUAAUAGUGUUAAUGAUGACGGUGUUGAUGAUAACGCUUAUUUGACGGCUAGUAUUUCCAUGAAAGGAUAUCGAUCGUCAGGAAUAGCUUCUGCUUCUAAGCCUACACGACUUCUCAAUUACCCAGUAGUUGUUAAAAAUUCCAGCGGAAAAAUUGAGAAAAGGAAGGAGAAUGAAAUGAGAUGUAUUCAAAGUGGAACAUGCAAGCUCAACGAAAUAUUUCACGAGUUGGACUGCGCACAAUUAGGACGUUCAUGUGGACCAAAUAUGGAACUGGGUGUAAUUGAUACAAGGCCUUCGCGUAAGAGCAAAAGUUGGAAGUGUGUCAUGCAAUGUCAAUGUGCCUAUGGGUAUAUUGAAACGAACAAUCGAUGCACUGAAAUAGCCAAAAACGAGAAAGAGAGGAUGAAUUGCAUGCGUGGCAGAUGCUCGCUUAAUGAAGCAGUGCAAGAUAACGGUUGUUCGUUAAAAGAUCAAUUCUGUGGACAAAACAUGAAAUUCGCCUUAAUCAAACAAUCCACGUACCGUAAUCAUAUUUCCUGUAUUGUACAAUGCAAAUAUGAAGAAGGAUUUGAAGAAGAAAAUGGCCAAUGCAUCAGAGAAUAUGUGAGAAACAGCAAAAGAAAGAAUUCUGUGAGCUUUUAA